CACAUUUACCAUAUUUCUAUAGUUUUUUAUAUCAGAGUUUAGAGAGCAAUCAAAACUAUUACACAAUGAGAAUUUUAGCAUCACUUAUUGCGGCAACUUUUGUCAUGAUGGCUUUUAUGCCAUUGGGUCAAAGCCUUCCUGAUGACCAAAGCCCGGAAUCAGUCGAAAAAUGGUUCAAAAAAUUUCCCCAUGCAAAACCCAAGUUAACAAAACUUCAUUUCUAUCUUUACAACAUCGUUAGCAAAAGCCCUCCCAACAGUGCUCCGGUCGCUCAGGCGAGCACCACCCCGUCGACGCCGGUCACGAGUUUCGGUUUAGUCAACGUCCUAGACGGUCCAUUAAGAGAGAAGCCCGGAGCGGAAAUCAUCGGUUAUUCACAAGGGCUGUUUACGUUUGCCUCACAAGAAAAUAGGGCAACCCUAAUGACCCUUAACUUCGUUUUCACCGCCGGCCCGUUCAACGGUAGCACUCUCAGCGUUCUAGGGCACAAUUUGGUGACCGCAAAGUACCGGGAGUUUCCGAUCAUUGGCGGUUCCGGUGAUUUCCGAAUGGCGCAAGGUAUCGGUACGGCCAGCAGUUACUUUGUUAAUGCUACUUCAGGAGAUGAUAUUCUUGAAAUGAGCUUCGUUUUCUACCGUUACCCACUUCCUAAGACUGACUCCGAGUAUGUUGCUGAAGAGUGAAAAUGAAUAAUUUGGCUUGAGUUGAGUCUUGAAUUCCAGUUAAUUUGUACUGCUUUUCUAGUUUUCUUUGUGUUAGUGGCGUUAGUCAACGAUGCCACCUCAACUUGUACACCAUUGUUGUAAAACAAGUUUGAAUAAAUCUAAAAUUUAUAUUUGAUAGAAGAUGUUUGAAUUUUAUUUCGGGAA